AUGGCCGAAGAAAGUACACCUGUACCUGCAACAUCUGUUACUAAUGAGGCCGUGACCCUUGUUACUCCUGCUGUUGAAGUUGAAAAAGUCUCGGUUACUGACGUUGCUCCCAGGGAGGAAAUCAGAGAAGAAGAAGUCGAGCAUAAAGUUUUUGUAGGAAAUUUGGCUUUCUCAACAAAUGAACAAGCAUUAGCCGAAUUUUUCAAUCAAACUGGCAGAGUUGUCAAGGCCAACAUCAUUACUCGUGGCUCACGUUCUUUAGGAUAUGGUUUCGUUGCUCUUGAAACCGAAGAAGACGCAAAGAAUGUUGUCGAACAAUUAAAUAAGCAAGAAUUAGAUGGCCGUCAAAUCAAUGUGGAAGUUGCCAAACCCAAAAAUGAGAGUUCUGCUGCCACUCAUCAUAAUCGUCGUGCAUGGGUAAGUAAAUAUAAUAACCGUCGUCGAUAUCCGAGUCGCCCUGCAGAAGUUAGCGGCGAAAAUAAUGCCGAAAUUAAUGAUUCUACAGCGGUUACUGACGUCCCAGCUACAAAUGGUACCAGCGAAAACGACAACGCACCACCUAAAAGGCGUGGCAGUUAUUUAAAGACUGGAGAGCCAUCCAAGACGGUUGUAUUUGUUGCAAAUCUCCCAUUUGCCAUCAAUGAUGAUGGUUUAAAAGAUAUCUUCAAAGAUUAUAAUGUAGCUUCUGCUCACGUUGUUUACCGUCGCGGUGGACGUUCAAAGGGUUUUGGUUUCGUAGAAUUGGCUGAUGAAGAAGAACAAAAGAAAGCUCUUGAAGGAUUAAAAGAUGUUGAAUCAGAAGAAGAAAGAAAUUGA